CAUUUCUGACCAAUCAGAGAGGAGGAAUCUGUGACAUGAGGUAAUACAGCAAAGGCGGAAGCUACGGUAAUCAUAGAUAGACGUGUUGCAUUUUCGUCCUAAAAAUUCGACCAAAAAAUACAGAAUUUCCCUUUGACAAGCUACACGGGAAGUAUUCAGCCAUCAUGAAGAAGUUCUUCAACAAGGUCAAGACCGAGGUGACCUUCAAGAAGGCGGGAGAAGGGCACAAACUGACGGAAGACACGAGAACCCAGGCCGUCCAGCCAAGGGCCCCCGUUGAAAGAGCCCACCCCUCCCAAGGCGCACAACAGGCCGGUGCCGCAGCCUUGGCCAGGCUCGAACAGAAGGACCAGAGUAAGAACAAGAGGACGUCGUCUGCUAUCAGAGCUGUUGCACGGGCUGAAGCCGCGGAAAGAGAGAGGGAGGCCAGAAGUAACGCCAACACGCACAACGCACCCGCAGAACCUGAAGUGCGGGACUGCGCGCCUGUGGUGUUGUCAGUGUCCGGGGUGAGGUUCAUCUGUCCGCUGACUGAACAGUCAGUCCCUAAGGAGCGACUGGACCAGCACAAGCGGGAGUGUAUCAUGACCAGUCUGAUCGACAGUCCCGUCAUCAUGGCUGUCACCAUGAUACAGAGCCUCAACAAGGGCAGGGACAAGGUCCAGGUCUGUGUGGACACCCUGCGGAAAUAUCUCGAGAAUAUCUUGGCCAAUCCCCAGGAGGAAAAGUUCCGCAAGAUCCGCCUGAGCAACAAGGCAUUCCAGGACCGCGUAGCGAGCAUGGAGGGUCACGAGGAGUUCUUACAAGCUGCUGGGUUCUCUCUGAAGGAACUACCACACCAGGAUACUGUGGAACCCUUUUGGGUCCUCAGUGAGGAUAAGUGCGAGGACUUGGACAGUAUCAAGGCCUCCGUAGAGGUUCUUACCACAACGGAGCCACUCAAGUUCAAAGUAGAUCGCAUGAUGCAAGUUCUCCAGCCAAGGGACCGUGUGGCAGACUUCCGCCUACCCGACGCGUUUUAUAACCUCUCCGCUGAUGAAAUAAAGCGUGAACAGCAGGAGCGGACUGACUCAGUGCAGAAGAGCUUCCAGCUGCGAACAAAAGCCAUGCGGGAACGCGAGGAGCAGCAGAACCUGCGGAGGUACAACUUCACGCUCAUCCGCGUACGUUUCCCGGACAACAUGCUCCUCCAGGGCGUGUUCAGAGCACAGGAGAAACUGUCUGCAUUGGUGCAGUUUGUCCGCGAUGCGCUGGUCAGUGAUUGGCUACCGUUUGUCCUGAGUUCUGCCACAGGCCAGAGGUUGGAGGAAGAAGAGGUGUCCUUUGCGGAGCUGGGAUUGGUGCCUGCUGCUGUGGUCAACUUCACGUGGGACCCUUCCAUCAUGGCAGACAUCGCAGCACAGCAGGGGGCAGCCUCAAAGAACCAGUACCUCAAACCCGAACUCUUGCUAUAACCUGCAGUAUA